AUGGACGAGAGCAGGGCAACGGCUAGAGCGGGCGAAGCCAUUGGGCAGAUCCAGUCACUGGAUGAUGCCAAGAGUAGGUCGAGGGGACGAAAUUUGUUGGGUGGUGACCGAAGUAGACUAGGCAUCACCAGGAAUGUGAGCGAUGGCCAAAGGGCACUAAACAGCUCCAAUGAUACACCAGUCGACGACGAGCGCAGCCCGAGUGAUAGGAAAAACCCAUCGAAUGAGAGGAUAGAUGUGACCCAAACCAGAAGAGUAGCAAGAGAUGACACCAAGGGUGUAGCGCACUGGGCAACGUUUGGCUUCAGUCAAACAGUGAGGACCUGGAGGCUUUUGGCGAUGCCAGUAGGUCGUCCCAAACACUGGGUGAUGCUGCUAGGUGGAGCCAACAUUCUGGGUGAUGCUGGGAUUACGGUGGGUGUAACAGAGAAGGGAAAUCUGGGCAAAGCUGAAGCAAACAGAGGUCUGGGCUUCCCGAGCAGCGCCUCAGUUGGCUUCUGGGGCAGCGCUCCUGGCUCCAUAGGCAACGCCACUUCUUCGGGCGAAGCCAUUGGGCAGAUCCAGUCACUGGAUGAUGCCAAGAGUAGGUCGAGGGGACGAAAUUUGUUGGGUGGUGACCGAAGUAGACUAGGCAUCACCAGGAAUGUGAGCGAUGGCCAAAGGGCACUAAACAGCUCCAAUGAUACACCAGUCGACGACGAGCGCAGCCCGAGUGAUAGUGAUCCUUCCUCCAAUCUUUACUUAAUAUUUAUAUAUGUAUUUUUCCUUUCUGGUGCUGACCCUGAUUUUGGCAGGCACCUACCUUAA